UGCGGAGCUGUCUCUGCGCGGCGGGUGCUGAAUCGCGCGGGGCGGCAGCGGCGGCCGGAGCCCUCCCUGCCUCGCCCCGGCGCCCGGAGCGGAGGGAGGCGGCGGAGGGGGAGCCGCGGGAGAUGGGGGCAGCCGGCGGCGGCCCCGCGCCGCCCGCCUGAGGAGCCCGCGCACAAAGCCGUGCCGCUGCCAUGGAAGAGGAGCUGAAGUGCCCGGUGUGCGGCUCGCUGUUCCGGGAACCCAUCAUCCUGCCCUGCUCGCACAAUGUCUGCUUGCCCUGCGCCCGCACCAUCGCCGUGCAGACCCCGGAGAGCGAGCAGCACCUGCCGCCCCUACUCCACUCUCGGGGCCCCGCGCCGCCCGCCGCCGCGCCGGGAGCGGGGCCGGGAGCGGCCGCGGGCUCCGCCGCCUGCCUGGACUCGGAGAGUGCGGCAGGCGGCGGCGGCGGGGACUACGCGGACAAGCUGAGCCUGCACAGCGAGACCGACAGCGGCUACGGCUCCUACACCCCCAGCCUGAAGUCCCCCAAUGGCGUGCGGGUGCUGCCGCUGGUGCCCGCGCCCCCGGGGGCGGCGGCGGCUCCGAGGGGCGCCGGCCCCGCCAGCUCCUCCCUCACCUGCCCGCAGUGCCACCGGAGCGCGUCCCUGGACCAGCGCGGGCUCCGCGGCUUCCAGCGCAACCGGCUGCUGGAGGCCAUCGUACAGCGCUACCAGCAGGGCCACGCCGCCGCCGCCGCCGCCGCCGCCGCCAAGUGCCAGCUGUGCGACCGCAGCCCUCCCGAGCCGGCCGCCGUGCUGUGCGAGCAGUGCGAGGUGCUGUACUGCGCCGCAUGCCAGCUCCGCUGCCACCCGGCCCGCGGGCCCUUGGCCAAGCACCGCCUGGCCCCGCCGCCCGCACACCGGGGCGCCCCCGGCGGCGGCGGGGACGGCGGCGGCGGGAAGGGGGCGGGCGGCGGCCGCAAGCUGCCGACGUGCGCUGAGCACGACCUGGAGAACUACAGCAUGUACUGCGUGAGCUGCCGCAGCCCCGUCUGCUACCAGUGCUUGGAGGAGGGCAAGCACAGUAAGCACGACGUAAAGGCCCUGGGAGCCAUGUGGAAGCAGCACAAGGCACAGCUGUCUCAGGCUUUAAAUGGUGUUUCAGACAAAGCAAAGGAAGCUAAAGAAUUUUUGGUUCAGCUGAAAAAUUUAUUGCAGCAGAUCCAGGAGAACGGGUUGGAUUACGAAGCCUGUCUUGUGGCUCAGUGCGAUGCCUUGGUUGACGCAUUAACACGGCAAAAGGCAAAACUGCUCACAAAGGUCACCAAGGAACGUGAGCACAAGCUGAAGAUUGUUUGGGACCAGAUAAAUCACUGUACACUGAAGCUACACCAGUCAACAGGGCUUAUGGAAUACUGCCUAGAAGUUAUCAAAGAAAAUGAUCCCUCUGGGUUUUUACAGAUUUCAGAUGCUUUAAUCAAGCGAGUUCAGGUAUCUCAGGAACAGUGGGUCAAAGGAGCCUUGGAGCCAAAAGUGUCUGCUGAGUUUGACUUGACUCUGGAUAGUGAACCUUUACUGCAGUCAAUUCACCAGCUGGAUUUUAUUCAGAUGAAAUGUAGGGUGCCACCCGUCCCAUUACUGCAGCUGGAGAAGUGCUGCACCAGGAAUAACAGUGUGACAUUGGCCUGGAGGAUGCCACCUUUGAGCCAUAACCCAGUGGAGGGUUAUAUCUUGGAACUUGAUGAUGGAGAUGGUGGCCAAUUCCGAGAAGUAUAUGUUGGCAAGGAGACCCUCUGCACUAUUGACGGCCUUCAUUUCAACAGCACUUACAAUGCCAGAGUCAAAGCUUUGAACUCCUCGGGCAUUGGUCCUUACAGCAAGACAGUCAUUUUACAGACGUCGGAUGUGGCGUGGUUCACCUUUGACCCCUCUUCAGCUCACAGAGACAUAGUGCUGUCGAAUGACAACCAGACUGCCACCUGCAACAGCUAUGAUGACCGGGUGGUUCUGGGCACCGCUGCCUUCUCCAAGGGCGUGCAUUACUGGGAACUGCAUGUGGACCGCUACGACAACCACCCGGACCCAGCCUUUGGCAUUGCCAGGAUUAACGUGGUCAAGGACACGAUGCUGGGCAAGGACGACAAGGCAUGGGCCAUGUAUGUGGACAACAACCGCAGCUGGUUCAUGCACUGCAAUUCCCACACCAAUCGGACUGAAGGAGGAGUUUCUAAAGGCACCACCGUUGGUGUGCUCCUGGAUCUGAACAAACACAACCUGACCUUUUACAUAAAUGGGCAGCAGCAAGGGCCUCCAGCAUUUGAAAACAUCGAGGGUGUCUUCAUGCCUGCAUUGAGCCUCAAUCGAAAUGUCCAGGUGACCUUGCACACAGGACUGGAGGUGCCACAAUCUGUAAAACAGCCCAAGUUGCCCAACAAUUAAUGAAGCCCCCGUCUGACACUGUGCUGGAUUCUGUAAGCUUUCUCAGUGUGUUUUGGCACUUUUCAGUAAGUCAGUAAAAAAAGCAUCCUCUUCCCUGACUUCAAAUGCUGUGCAGCAUGCUGCUCACCGAAUAAUCGUCUGGUUAGAGCUAGGCCACUCCAUUUUCAAUUUAACAGCCAUAGCAAGCACAUCCACUGGACUGGCACUCAACUGCUGAUGGGUACCUGAACAUAUCUACUGUGCAUUGCAUACAUAGGUACACUCGUGCACACACACAAACACAUCUGUAAAGCAAAAGGUUAAAUGAGUGUAUUUUCUCUCUCAUGGUUGGAUUUGUGCUUAAAUAUGUUGGAAAAAUGGGUGAGACUGUAGGACAAUGGAUGUUGGAGCAGUUUACCAGUAGAUGAACUGGAUUCCCUUGCAACCUGAAGUCUUUAAAUAAAGCAUAUAUUUUGACAGCUGAAGUGGAGGUUAUAUGCUCAAGAAUUCCUGGUUGUCAAUUACAUCCAGGGGCUCAAAUGACCAUGGAUUAUUCCUUCUAACUCUAGACUGCAGUAAGAUAUAAGAUAACGUCCCCUUAGAAUUCAGUGGCAGAAUUUAUUAUCUGUUUUAUUAUGUGAACAAGAUCGGUUCCCAAGCGCUGCCAUGAAAUAGCUAGGCUCAUUUUAGCUAACACCAUGAUACAUGCAGAAUUCAGGUACAGAAAGUAGAAAGAAAAACAUCCUUGAUGCAUUUUAGUGUUUGUUAUUUAGGCAGGACUGUGGAGACACUUAAAGAAGAUCUGAUUGUGGUUAUCAGCACAAUUCUUGAAAAAACAGUGCAUGGGAGAUUCCUUUGAACAGAAAUUAUACAGAUUUAUUUAAGUAUGGCACAUGCAAAGUCUCCCACAUUGAGAAAUGCUGCUUUCCAGCCUUGAGCCUAAUAAAAACUGUGCAGCUGUAGUUCCAAUGUAGCUUUGAGAUCUGAAGCCUUAAUUUUCUAUUAGAUUACUGUGAGCUAAUUAAUGUCUUGAUCCUAAUGAAACACUUGAGAGAGCUUAAUAGCAUUAAUGCAAAACCCAUCCCUAAGAAUUUUUCUGGACUGGGACAUAAAUCUUUUGCAAGACUUGACCUGUGCCUGGCAUCUCCCACAUAAAUGAGCAGCCAUUUCAGGUGCUGGCCGUGACAACUGGAGUCUGACUGACAGUGAUCUUUUCUUACAGCCAUGGCACUGUCACCUGCAUGCAGUUGUCAGAAAACCAAACACUGGUUUGCCUGUGUGCUUCAUUCCCUCUGAACCUGGUUAAUGUGUGCAAGUGUGUGUGUGUGUAUAGUGGCAAUGCAUGAGGAUGAGAUGCAGCAGGCUUGGUGAGCCCAUGACAUCUUGGAUUCUUGUCACUUUAACCCUACAGAAGUGUGGUGCUAUCAAGGAAAAGCAUAAACUUUCAAAUCCUAUCAAUGUACUAUUUCCUUUUUUAAAAUCCUGCUGCUUAUACAAAUUUUCCUCCUCAAGCAAAUAUGCACAUGCAUAUUCUUAUCAGGCAUGUAAUUAUUAAACCUGAAAACAAAUAUUCCAAAUGAAAUCCAGCUUACUGCUUUGCAUUAAAGCACAGCCACAGGACAAACAGCCCAGGCCUGCCUUCAGGCAGCCUGCCAGCCCCCAAAUAUCCUGCUGCAGGCCCACUUCUGGUCUCUGUCUGGAACACAUCACUCAGGUAGUGCUGAGUGAUGGCAAGGCUUCCCUGCGGCAAACAGCCAGAAUUCUCCAUGGGUCAUCCCACCUCACAGCCACUGUGGGAAGGGAAAGGCAGCCCAGAACAGAAUUGGGCUAUUGCACAGACACAAAGCAAUCUGCCAUCCUGCUGCCUGUAACCAAGCAUCCUGUAGCCCACCUCUCCUGCAGGACAGCAACAUCAGGAUGCACCUUCAGCAACAUCAAGACUGAAAUAGGAAAUCAAACCAACGAUGGAAAAAAAAUAACGUAUGCUAUUAAGUGAGGAGGCAACAGCACUUCCUUUAAAGUCUGGAACAGAUUGUAUUAGUAAACUUGUAGACAAUGGAAUAACUGUGCUAUGCUUAUCUUGGUUUUGUAAAGAAUAUCAGAGACCAACUGUGUUAUAAUCUUCAAUUUCAUUCAAUACCAUACGAACUCAUGCAAGAUUUUCUAACUAGCAGGUCUGUUUUAACCUACCUCAGCUAGAAUGCUACCAAACCCCAAAUUUCCUCUCGAGUGUGCUCUUCUACAAACCUAACACUUGUAAUCAUAGCAUUGGCUUUGAGUAUUGCCAGCCAGAGUAGUGUAUGGGAAUAUUGUACAUAAAUUGCACAUAGUUUUUUAUAUGGGGAAACAUCCUGUGAUAAUUUUAAUAUGGAAGGCAUUCCACUUUCACUUGUAUUAAAAAAGACAGGACAUUGUUCCUUUUGGGACAGAACCUUUGACUUUAGUCCCAACUUCUGUAAAGGAAACCCAAAUGAAUUUGCAUCUUUCCAAUCUUCAACCAUUGGCAGAUCUUUAAUUCUGAAUGGGUUUUAGAAGUGUUUGCAGUACUCAGUUUUCAUUUUCAUAGUUGCUUGGGUGUUGGUUCCUGGUGUAUUAUAUCUUGGGGAGAACACAUUGAGUGACAUGUUGUUGAUUUCUAAUGAAUAUAUGGACAGUAGGUAGGAACAAUGAGUAGAGAAGCUCAGUUUUUACCCUCUAUGCAUUCCAAUGUUCACAGAAGUAGGGUAGCUACCAUUAUAGUCUCCUUUUAAGCUAGCAGAAAUGCAAAUAAGUUAAAAGGAAUACAGUUAGAAGUAGGCUACCUGCAUUAGUAAGACUACCCUAGGUAAAAAACUAAAUAAAGUGUUUGCAUGUGUUGGUUGUGUACACAGUCAAGGACUUACAUUUGGCAUGGCCUGUAGCAAUAAACCCGCUAUCCUCAUAAAGUGCACUCUUGUGACUUCAGCUGGAUACAUCUUCAUAGUUUGAUUAACAGAAAUAAUGCUUAAGUAGUUAAAAUUACUCUAGGAAACCAACAACUCCAAACAUAAAUAUUUAUGCAGAGCAUGCCGGGGCCAUCUGAACACAAGCAGAGCAGAAUUUUCCUUUGCGGAAUAGCAUUAGGUGGGGAGAGGUGGGGCACUCCCACUGCUCUGCUCAGGCUGGAGAUAGUUUCCUUCUCUGCAGGCAACUUCCCCAAGGUCCAUCUCAUUAUAAACCCAUCAGUUUGCACAUUCUUCAUCUAUAGUAUCUCUUAUGCCAGUUUUUGUUUCCUCCAAAUCCUUUCUUUAGGAGGGAGUCAGCCUUUAGUCCCUGUAGAAACUGUGUUGCUGACUGUUCAAGGAGAACCCAGGGUGCAGAAGAGUGGCACAGAUACCCAAGGGGACCACUUUGUGUUCUCUUCUUCCUUUUGUUCCCUCAGAGUAUUUCUGCAGCUCUCUUGGGCUCCAAGCUCCUCUGGCACCUGGGCCCACCCAAAGCUGCCUGUCAUGAGACUCUUCAGCUCCUAGAGGCCAGGUUGCUUCUUAUAAGCAGAAGAGCAAAGCCUCUUGCACUGGGAUAAAUCCCAUCCACUAUGGUACAGAGCCCACACAAAGUAGCUGUAAAUUGACUUAAUAUUUUAAAAAACCCACCAAAACACAAGCAAGGCCUCCCCUUAUUAACAAAACAAAGCUUGACCUCUGCACACACCAGUAUGGAACCUCUGAACAGCUGCAAAAUAAAUACAGCAGUCAAACUUUCUGUCCUGCAGAGCAACAAAGGACUCUCAGUUUUCACCUACCCCUGGGAGCCCCAACCUUAGCCUUUUGUAAACCCUCUUCCUUGCUCUUUCCUCUGCAAAUUUCUGUUAAGUUCAGGAGCACUGUCAGACUUCCCAAGGCAUGCAAUGCUAUAUAAAUUCCACUUCCUCCUUUUCCCUCAUCAACUUGAAGUGAGCUCACAAUAUCUCUUACUAAGACUUAAUGUCAAUAUAAGCACACAUGUAGCUGACAAUCCCUUGCUCCUUCUGCUGUGGAAAGGUAUGUGCUGUAAAAUAAAUCUCAGUGAGGACAGUAACAUACUGUGAUGCAUUACAAAUUUGGAAAGCAAUUUGACUUCUAAAAACAGAAAAGAUGGGCAAACAGCACUGUCACCUCCUAUACUUGCCUAUGCACUUAAGAUACAUAGAGAAAAAUAUAUUGGAAUGAACAAAAUAAAUAAGCAUGAGCUUACCUUUAUAAGAGUUUAAGAGGAAAAAGUAUUAAAUGUUAUUUAUUAUAUGCAUAACAUUCCAUCAUGUUGUAAAUAAUGCCAUGAUAGUGUAUUGCUGUAGUUUGUUCUUGGCUGGUGAUAGAGUUCUGUGGUAGUGCUGUGUAAGUUGUUUUUUAUUUUUUUUUCCUCAAAGCAUAGUUAGUAAAGAUGCCGGAGACCACCCCACACUGUGGUUUCCCAGUUGUUCUAGAGCAAGAAGAAAUGUGAGAUGCAGCUUUUUUUUUUUUUUUUUUUUUUCUUACAUGAUAAUAUUUCUUAAGGUAAGAGAGAUGAGAUUAAGGCUAAGCUGCCAUCACCAUUAUCAGAGUGUAUGAAAAAACACUGUGUUUGCAACUGCCAAAAAAGAGGUAGUGCAUUUCUGGAUCACAACUCAGAUCACCCUGUGAGAAGGGACGCAAAAUUCCGCAACCUGGGAACAGCAGCUUUCUGGUGCCAUCUAGUACAUCCUUUGGUCACAAACAGAAAGAUGAGGAAGGAGAGUUGUUAGACCUUAUCUCAGGCCUUACCAGCUUUGCAGCAUUCUGCUUUAAAUAGCAAAACCAAGAAUUCAAUUUUGAACCAGGCUAGGUAAUAUGAAAACACUAAGCAUCUUGGCUAGAUCAACUUUGGAAGGGAGAUUACAGUUACAGAUCAACCACAUUGCAAAUGUAAAGGGCACUUGUCACUGAAAAUUACCAGGUAGAGAUGGAGAGUCUUUUUUUUUUUUUUUUUUUUUUUUUUUUUUUUUUUUUUUUAGGAAAAAAAAAAAUGUGAGCUGCUUCUAGGUUUUACUGACAACAUUUCUGGUGGUUCCUCUGCCCAGCUCUACUGAAUGCUGCACCUGCACAGCCAGGUGGAGCAGCAGCCUGAAGCACAAAUCUGUCAUUAUUAAGACACACUUGGGUCUUCUCAGGUGCAGAAAGAAGCCCAUAUGCAAACCUCAGAGACUAGAUGCGUGGGGCUCCUGCAUCUUUGCACAAUACAGGAGACAGACGUGUGUUUCACUGACAGAGGCACUCAGCAGCAUUUUUGCCUUCUGUUAAAUGACCUUUUUGUUACAUUUGUUAUUGCAAACAGUUCCAAGCAGAAUUAAUUUUAAAAAUAUUUUUAUGCUAAUUGGAGAAUUUUUAACAUUUUCUUGUGAAGCAGUAGAUAGGAAUAUUCCUGGAUGCUGAUUGCAUUCCUCAUCCUCCACCUCCCUUAAAUGUUGUCAAUAAAAACACUAACCUUCCUAGGUAGCACGGUGAGAAGACAUUAUGUGAUGAAUAUUAAAAAUAAAUGCAUGAGGUAAACCUGCUGUUCUUUCUGAUUGUUAUAUGAAGCAUGAGUAACACUAAUUUAAAUGUUGGCAACUAAAAUACUGCAAAGGAAUAACAAAAUGGUGUUCAGUUCUGGUUAAAUGGAAGACAAGAAGUUGUUUCUAUGUUUUCUUAACUACAACAUUUUUUUUCUUUACUAUUGUUUCCCAUAGCUUAUAUGAAUUUGCAGCUGGUGAAAUAUACAUCUCUGCUAUAUGUGUCUCUCACCAGAUCAAGAGGAAAAUACAAACUUUUUAUAAUUUUGUACCUGUAGCAAACAUUUGUAUUUUUUGAAUUAGAAACAAACUGCUUUUUGUCUUUUGGUCCAACUAAAACUUUGUGUAUUAUUACUAUUAUUACCCUUUUGGAAAACCUGACAUAUAAGUUUAUGCUGUUUUACAGUUUAUAAAUAAAGUCUUAUAACAUU